AUGCCAGAGGCGCCAGAGGAGCCAAAGGCCGAAGACGGGCCGCCGGAGGAGGCGGAGGCCGACAAGGCCUCGGAGGCCGCUCCCGACGAAGGCGCCGAGGGCGACGACGAGGGCGCCGCCUCGGCGGACGCCGAGGAGCCUGGCGAGGCGCCGGGCGAGGCGGAGGGCCCAGGCGGCGAGCCGGCGGGCGAGGGCGCCGAGCCGGCGGAGGACGGGCGCCGGCGGCGAAGAGGCGGCCGAGGGCGAGGCCGCCCCGGCCAAGGACGAGGCGGCCGCCGAGCCGGAGGCGGCCGAGGUGGAGGAGAAGGCGAAGCUGCCAGAGUGGAGCGAGUGGAACCAGUACGACGACUGGGAGGAGGGCGACGAGGAGUUCGACGAGACCCGCACCCUGUGGAAGUCGCUCCUGCCACCGGAAGAGAUGAAGACGGAGACGAGGACUGGGGGGACGCCGGCCUCGGAGGAGGGGCGGCGGCGGCCUACGUGGACCCGAAUUCCAGCCUCCCGGGCUGGCAGCGGCUCGCCCUGGAGGCGUACUGGAGCGGGGACUACUGGCUCGCCGCCAGCUAUGCGGAGGAGGUGCCUCGAGAUCGUCGUGGAGGAGAUGGGCGAGGAGAGGGGAAGGAGUCGGACGAGUACGCCAGGUGCCUGUCCAACCGCUCUGGCUGCUUCGCAAAGCUCGGCCAGCACGACAUCUCCCGCAAGCUGGCGCUCCAGCUCAUCGAGCUGAAGCCCACGUGGUCGCGGGCGUGGAGCCGUCUGGGUCAGGCCUGCCAGCAGCUCGGCGAGGAGCACGAGGAGGAGGCGCUGUCGGCGCUCUCGAAGGCCAGCGAGCUGGACCCCUGCGACGCGAACAUCGACUCGCUGGUGAAAGUAGUCGAGGCGCAGAUGACUGCGGGCAGCGACGAGGCGAGGAAAGCAAAGGAGAAAGGUGUUGCCGCGAUGGUGUCCAAGGAGUUCGGGGCGGCCACCGUCGCAUUCACCAUCGCCCUCGCGCUGAUGCCGCAGGUGCCGGACGACCAGACCAAGGACGGGACGAGCUUGCUGAAGGCCGUGCUGCUCGCCGACCGCGCCGCCGCGUUCACGCAGCUGGGGAGGUGGGAGUCCGCGAUCCGGGACGCGGACGUGGCGACCGUGGCCAAGCCCAGCUACGCGCGGGCGUUCACCCGCCUGGGGGUCGCCCUGCUCGGCAAGGCGCGGACCGAGGAGGCGUACUUCGCCUUCUCGAGGAGCCUGCGGCUGGAGCACAGCAAGGCCGCCCAGGCCGGCCUGCAGGAGUGCCUGACGGAGCUCAUGAAGUGGCGCUCCGUCGCGGCCCGGAAGAGGCACAGGAGGUGUUUCAUGGACAUGCGGAGGCCUCUGGGCACCACCCGGAUUUUCGCGGUAUCCGACGUUUAUUUCGACAACCUGCAGAACGAGGACUGGGUGUUCGACAUCGACGACAUGUACUUCCAGGAGGACGUGCUCAUCGUUGCCGGGAACCUGGCGGACAGCAAGCUAGCCAUCUCCCGGGGUCUCACGGCCCUGCGGAGCAAGUUCCGGCGGGUGUUCUACACCGUGGGCAACAACGAGAUGAGGAUACAUCCUGCCGAGGACGACAAGUAUCCGGAUUCCCUGGCGAAGCUGAUAGAGAUUCUUCAGGUCUGUGAGGAGCUCGAUGUCGACACGGGCCCUGGGGCGGUGUGCCAGGGCUGCUUCGUCGUGCCCCUUUUUUCGUGGUUCAACGCCGAGUUCGACGAGCACGACCCCUGGCCCGUCGGGGGCUCGGCUCCGGCGGCCCUCCUCGCGCCGUGGCCGGCCUCCGCUGCCGCCCCGCCCCUGUGGUCCUGGCCAGUUUUGCGGCGGAAGGUUGCGCGGGUGAGCUGCCAGCGCAGUUGUGUUUGGCUUCGUCGCCCUCCCCGUCGUCCUCCUCCUUUCCCCUCCUGCUCCUCAUCCCCUG